GGUCAUUGCUUCUACGGUUCUACCCGUAACCCAAUCUUAUUCUCUCACACAAAAAAAAAUAUCAUUCCGUUGAAGAAAAAAAAAACUUCAAUUUCUUCUUUUCGUUAUUUCCUCUUCUUCUGGGUAGAGUUCAGAGAUCCACAAGUUAUCUUGAAAAUUCGACGAAAAAAAAGAGAUUGGAUUUGAAUUAUGGGUUUAGGCAACAACGCUACCAAAUUCGAUUUCGAUGCAAAUGAUCUCGCCGCCGACGAUAGCUCGGAUGGCGAUUCUAUCGACGAAGUUAACGCCUUUGGCUCGGUUCUGUGUUCGAUUUGCAUCGAGACGGUGACCAAAGAAGGCGAUCGAGCUUGGGCUAAGCUUCAUUGUGGCCACGAGUUCCAUCUCGAUUGUAUUGGCUCAGCUUUCAACACAAAGGGAGUGAUGCAGUGCCCAAACUGUCGCAAAGUAGAGAAAGGCCAGUGGCUUUACGCAAACGGUUGCCGUUCAAACCCUGAGUUCAGUGCUGAGGAAUGGGUUCAUGAAGAGGAUAUUUAUGAUAUUGGAACCUACUCUGAAUUGGCUUUUGGAGUUCACUGGUGCCCAUUUGGAAGUUCAGCUCGUCUUCCUUCUUUCGAGGAUGGAGAAUUUUCGCCGAGUUCUUAUCAAGAGCUUUUAGGCCAACAAGGCUACUUUACAGAACCAGCAGCGCCAACAGCGGGUCACCCAUGUCCAUAUGUAACUUACUUUGGCCCUGUUCAUUCGUCUUCCUCAAGCUCUGGCGGUUCAGACACUUCAAGUUUCCCUAGUCACUGGAACACAUCCGGUUCCAGUGAAGUCCCACCUCCUUAUGGUUUCCCUGUGGAUCCGCACUUUCACGGCUGGGAUUAUCACUCGCCUCCACCCCCACCGCCACAGCACUUCUCUGCUGCUUCUGGCGCUCACGUGGGAAGUCCAACUCAUCCCACGCCUCCGCCAGCUGCUGCCAGGACUUCCCGAGCCAACGGCUCAGAUGUUAUCAGACCGAGACCGCCUCAUUUCAUGCGUCCAUCAUAUCAUGCUCACAGUUCUAGUGGCAGAGCGGGGAGCUCGGUGGCAUCGAUUCCCAGGUCACCGCCUUUUCCGGGAAGCAACGUUCGGACUCGAGAUAGAAUGCAAGCACUUCAAGCCUAUCACCAACAGUCUUCUGCACAGUCACACCAACCUGAUUCUCCUAUAGUCUCUCAUGGGCCUGUGUUCUCGUCUGGGCGGAGGCCCAGUAGAGCUUCCUUGAUGGGUGGUUCGACUUCAUCUUCGUCGGAUCAGGCAGGUGGGAGCGGGUUUAUCCGGUUUAACAUAUGGGAGAGAGAGCCUUAUAUGCAAUUGCAACCGGCUUACCCGGUUAACCAGACGGAUAGAGAACCACCAUCCCUUUGGACCUUCAACGAAGGAUCAGGAAGCCUCCAUCAGAGGCAUGGCGCCGGAGGAUCAUCAUAAGAGUUGAGUCAGUGCCUGGUGAGAAUCUCACCGGUCUGACAAUUCUCAUGAACAUUGGGACCAAAACAAAACCAUAAUUAAACAAUUGGGAAUUUGAUAUUUGAGAAAACCUGAAAAAAAAAACUGCAUGCUCUCAAGUUAUAUGAUGUGUUGAUGAUAAUAUCUAAAAAACACAAAAUGGAUGUGGUAUGUAAUGGUUUGGAGACAGAGACUGCUUUCCCAGUUGGCGGUGGCCGUCCGGUUCGAGCCGGUUUAGGUCUGGUUUGGAACAGAGUAGCAAAAUGGUGGUUGGACAUUUGUUAUUAUUUUUUUCUAAUGUGGGCUACAAUGGGUAAUCCAAGUGAUAUUAUACCCUUAUGGGACAUUUGGUUUCUUCUUCUUGAUAUGUUAAAUGUUUAAGUACUGACUCCU